UCUGGCCUGCAAAUGACCCGGUGGAGGGACUGGUGAGGUGGGGGCCAUGGUUCCUCUGUACAAGGACAAUGAGGAGGACAUCUGUCCCAUCUGCCUGGAUCCCGUGAAGGAGGCUGUGAAGACAGACUGCGGCCACCUCUUCUGCCGAAUGUGCCUGACCCAGUACAUGGAUAAGGUCUCAGUCUCUGGGGUCCUCAGCUGCCCAGUCUGCAGGAAGCCCUACUCUGAGGGGGUCCUCGGGGACGGUUAUAUCUGCAUCAGCCACCGGAAGAGGGUGUGCAUGUUCUGUGAGGCGAGCAGACAUCUCCUGUGUGUGGAAUGCCUCAAGUCCCCCGAACACCAGUCUCAUGCUGAGCUCUCCAUUGAAAAUGCCAUCAGCCACUACAAGGUAAGGCUUAAUAAGAGGAAGUGUAGAAAAAUAAAUAAGAAUAUUUGCUCAUGUAAGGAAAACAGUGAGUGUCUGCUGCACAUACGUAAGAGAACUGAUGACAAACAAAACCAGCUACACGAUGCCAGUGACUUACUGGACAGGAGUGCGCCCCAGAAACUAGAAGGACUCCUCUCUCAUCUUCCUCCAGCUGGUCCAAACCUCAGUUAGUGCUCCUGGUGUGUUCUCUCCUGAUGCCUUAGCCUCUGACGCUCGGACACAGUCUCCUUCCUAAGCCAGGCUUGAGCUGUGGCUCCUUGUGGCCAGGCAUUUCAGAUCUCCAGCACGUCCAGGGCCAUUUGUGCAGCCUCCAUGUUACCUGUGAACUGCUGGAGCACCUGCUGCCCUUGGUCUCCUGUGAGCAUCCAAGCGUCCGGACGGCACGGGUCAUCAGAGUGAGGCCACCUCAGCGUACAGAGGUUGACAGGUUUAUUGGAGUGAUAUUUCUUCUGACUGGAUAGAACCUCCUGUCUGUACUGUCUGCAUAGUUUGCUCAUUACGACUGCUGCAAACAGUCGCAAGGGUGAUGUCUAUAGUCCUCACCCUCAUGGUCCUGUACACGUGUAACUUUGUCCCGCGUGUGAGUGGCGUCUGUGACUUGCUUCUCAUCAAAGGAAUACAGCAGAGGUGACAAAAGUACUGGAGUGACCAUAUCUCCUUCCCCUGGACUCUUGCCAACUGAUGCAUUCUAGAGACUCUUUGAGAGUUAGUGGCCCUGAGGGGAAAGACAUGUGGGCAGCUCCUAGGUUCCCAGAACAGCCUAAUAGUCCAGCUGACAGGAA